AUGAAUGCAUUCAAGCCAUGCGCCUCCGCGAAGAAGGCUGGCAAAGCUUUAGCAGAUCCUGUGCCAUUUGGUGCGGACAAGAAGGCACCCCGUCCAUACACAUCUGCGAAGGGUGGGAAGCAACUUCCGACUCCAACUGAUCAAGCAUUCGGCCGGAGCAGUCGAUCUGUGGCAGGUCGGCGUUCUUCCUCCGCAACAUGCAGUCGCCGCGAGGUCCACAACCCGUCGGCGACUGCAGGUCGAGGACGAGGUUCCGCACCAACAACAUCAACAGUGAGCGCCUUGGCCCUUGCCCAGGCCCUGAAACCUAGCCUAUUACAACAGGAUACGGCACCAUCUCGUCAAGACUGUACAUCGACAUCGUUCUUUUCACCGGCUUCGACAUCCGAGCCCACAUCACCAAUGAGUGUUCAAAGAGCUUGCGCUUCUGAUUCUUCAGCCAUGAAGGAUGAGCUGGCAGCUUUGCGGACACAUUUCGAGGCGCGGGAGUCGGAGCUUCUGCAGGAAGUUGCCGAGCUCCGAGGAGCUUUGGCCACGGCUCGGAUCGCACAAGCGGCUGCGGAGGCCUCUGUCAUUCAGCUUCGAGGUGAUCGGUCCGAACCGACAGCAGAAGCCAGCAACGUGUCCAAAAGCCUAAAUGGGGUUGAUCGACAUUCCGAAGAGCUUUCUCAGCUGCGGAGUCGGAUCGCUUUGCUGGAGGAGAAAAUCGCUGACAGUGACUUGGAGAAUGACAGAAAGCUCACAGAGCAGCGGGUGAUGCUCGAACAGCAGCUGGCGAGCCAGCAGCACAACUUCAGAAGUGAAUGCGAACGGAUUUGGAGAGCCGUGGCCAAUGCCAACAUUGCCGUGCAAGCUGCGACAGACUCUGGUGCUUCACGUCCACCUGAUCCGGGUGCCAGCGCAGUGCUGCGGCAAAUCUAUACUGCAGUUUCCGAGCUUCCGUGA